CCUGCAUGACGGUUGCAUUUCGUUUCGCGCUGCUUCUUCUGCGUCCAGGAAACCCUGUCUCACGUAGCUUGUGAUUGGUUCGGUUCCCGUCGCUAGUUUGGCCUAGGCGGCCAAGGAAACAGCACCUCAGUAGGAGCGAGUUGUGUGGUGUGUGAAUACUCAAAUGCGGUAGUGCUUACUUGGUGAACUCUUUCCAGAUCUUAAAGAAGUGAACUAUGGUGUAUCACAUAACGGUGUUGCUGUGGGCCGCAGCUGCUGCUAUGGUGGUAGCUCUGAAACCGACCGAAGUCCAGAUCAAAGACUCAACUCAUGUGCCUGGCGGAACCAGAGACAAGAGGACAUUAGAAACAUUUCCACACCUGGCACGAUCGUACGGUACCGCUGAUCGCCGAAUCUCGACAGGUCCAACUGCAAGCUCCAGAAUAGCCAUAUCAACACAUUACUUCGAUCGUGGAACACCGCCGAUCACGAUCCGCCAUCAAACGCGCGUGCCAGUCCAUCAUUCUGGAACGUCGGUACGUCGACAACGUCCCCAUUCUGUUCCAGCACCUCCAUACGCUGUGCAAAUGGAACCAUUAGUGCAGUACUCCCAACGCGAUCCUCUGUAUCAUCAGCAACAGAAACAAGCAUCGUCCGAAAAAGGGUCUGAUCAAGCCAGUUUUAACGGUCUUCAACACACGAAGAAACCAUUGGCCACACCUGAUAUCCCAGUCGAUAGUACACACAAGAGCCUACAUGUUAGCUCAAAUGAGCUGUCUUCUGCAAAUGUACUGCCACCGAACAACGAAGAAGGUCCCAGUCAUGCUUCUAGGAAUGAUCACGAUCUUGCUGAAAGUAACCAGAUUUUACGUCUACCUGACACUUCUGCCGUUCUGGACAAUGAACCCCAGGCUGAUCACCUCAGUCCUGAUCAUUUGUACUCCUAUGAUGAGGGAUCUUACUACUUGCGAGAGCCAGAGCCUAUUAUUGAAAUAAUAGUGAAGGAGUCAAAUGAGUCGCUGCCACCUCCUCCAACGCUACCAAGUCCACCUUCACGUCCUCCUACUAAGGAGCCUGUUCAGGUCUUUUAUGUCAAAUACAAGAAGGAUCCUACUAAAUACGGUAAGGAAGGAGGUAUUAUAUAUGACCCUCCUGUGCCAGCUGUGACUCCAGCUACUAAUAGUGACACCGAAGAACAUUACACUCUACCAUCUGAAGUCUCCACACAUCCAGCAACACCACCGCCACAACCACCACAAACUACAACGCUCAGAACCAUCAUUCACCCGGAUUCAGAGACUUAUCAUGGCACUGGUCUCCAUGUGACAUUUGGGGAUCCGUAUGACGAGGACUCGCACGAGGAUUACUCGCAACAGUCUGCCCCACACCCUUCUGUGGUAUUUCCUCACCAGAGUUUCAGUCCACGACCCAACUAUAGACCUAGUUUUCUUUCUCACGAACACCACAAGAGACAACCAGAAACUUUCCAACAACAACCACUCACCCAAUUGCAACACUCCCAGCCACCAUUCCAUCAACAACAAGCGCCUUUCUCUCCACAUCAGUCAACAUUUCAAAGGCCGUUUAACUCGCCAACUUUUUAUCAGCAAAGACAGCCUCAGUUUCAGCAGCCUCCCCCAUUAGCACAACAACUUCCGUUCCCUCACCAGCCUCCUCCAUUCAGGCAUUUAUCUCCAUCUCUACCACCACCACCGCUGCAGCAGCAGCAAUCGCAAAAACCACAAAUUCCACAUCAACAACCCUUCCAGCAACCUCCAUUCCAGUUUCAACAACGUCCUCUGCAGCAUCCAGUUCCUCAAAAUCAACGUCCCCAUCCUCCACAGAUACUGCAAUCUCAACAAUUUCCUCCUUCUCAACGACCCUCUUUCCAAGAUACUCUGCAAAGACCUUCUUUCCAGCCACCCCAAAAUGUGCAACAAAGACCAAAUUUUGCUCAACCCUCUCCAGCACAUGAACAAAGGAAACCCGUACUCUCAGGACAGCCGAUUUCAGAAUUUAUAAACCAACCUGAACAGCUAAGAAACGGUCCACAUUCAGCUGCUCUCCAGCAGCAACUCAAAGUUCAGCAACAGCAGCAUCAUCAACAACCGCAUUUACUGCAGCAACAGCUACAGCAACAGGAACGGGAGCAGCAACUUCUGCUGCUUCAGCAACAACAACGACAAAACUUACACCAUCAUCAUCAGUUACCUUUGCAACAACAACAACAACAACAACAGCAACAACAACAUUUGUCCACACAGCAAUCGCAAAGGCAUUCUCAACAGGAAAAACAACAAAAUCCUUUCGGUGCAGAAAUAGUAAAAUCCAUUUCACAGCAACUCCAUCUUUCUUCAAAUGGUCAGUCAAAUCAGCAACAUUUAUUAACUGCAAAUAACAGAUUGCAGCCUAACUUUCAGCAGCAACCAUUACCAACUCAACCCUCAUUAUUACAACAAACAAUACCAAAUCAACAACAUUUAUCCAGUCAACAAAUUUCACCUAGCCAGCAGCAUCAAUCGGGCCUCUCAACACCAGGUGCAAAUAACUUCUCCACUCCUCAAAAACUAUUUCCAUUAGUACCAUCAAGCACUAAUGCCCCAGCAACAUUAACGACAUCUAAGAAACAGGAGAGCAACGCGGAAGCAACCGAUGGAAAAAAUGAUGACAAAGAUAAGAAUACUAGCAAUCCAAGUGCAUUAGCUGUACUUCCGGAAGAAGUUCCAGAUGAUUUGCGCCAGCAAUUACUGUCUUCCGGAAUCCUGAGCAAUGCAGACAUCCAGAUAUUAGAUUACGAUAAAGUUGGAGAUAUUCCAAUUGAGAAUUUGCCCCCUGAGGCCCUAGAGAACUUCUACGGGGCUGCAGGUGCUGCAAGUGCACCUGUACCUUCCAUCGUCGCCGCUAAUGCGUCAGGGGCACCAGUUGAGAUGAAAGUUGUCCGAUACGAUCCUACAACAGCUAAGGGACAGGAAGUAGCACAAAAGUAUGUGAGGAAAGAUGCAACUCAGGUGGACCCCGUCGCGCUCAACGACUCAAAAUAUAACCGCUAUUUGCCGUUGAAAGUUAGCGGGGCUCAGUUUCCAUUACCUGAUGUUCCAGAACUGAGAGGUAGAAAUGUUACAAGUGUUGUUGUACUUGCUCCGGUGAACUAUGAGUUCCAGCAGAAGCAUGGAAACCCUACGGACGGCGACACUGACAGAUCCAGCCGGGAGGCUCCUAUUGAACUGAGAGGAGUACAGUUCGUGGCUGGGGAUAUUCUUAAGCAACUGGUGAAAGAACCUACCUCAGAAAAUUUUAAACGUUGGCUAGACCAGGAGAAGGCAACAGACUCCGAUCGACAGUCAAUCGUUUUAUUGGUCGUUGAAUCGACGAAUGGGAGUAACAGCAAGGAAAUCUUCAUGUAUGAUGUCGCAACACAGAAGGUAAGCAAGCUUCGUGGAGAACUUAGCUCUGCCUUCGUGGAAGUGGCAGAAUCAAAUGCCAACAGCCAAGAACUGGACAGUGUUGCCGCUCCUUCAGAUAUUAUGGAACAAUGGGAACAGGGUCCGUUUGAAGUUGAAGCAGGAGAAGAACCCUCAGCCGUUGCUUCAGAAAUAUUUGAAGACAGGGUUUUACCAGGUCAAGUAGCUGACAUCUCUUCAUCUGCUUCGGAACAAGACCUCAAACACGACGAAAUCGAGGAGGAAAAGAAGAGUUCAUUUCAAGACUAUUUGGUAAUGUCGGCCUCAGAGCCAGAUCUUGAAACAAAAGAUGACAAGGCAAGCAACACGAUAUUAGUAUCUUCUGGAUACAGCAAAACAAGUGAUUUUACAGGUUCCGGGGUUUGAUGUUUAUGAUGACCGACAAGACGAACAAUUAUGACGAUAUUUGGAUAAAGAAUGGGGUUAUUCACGGAUUUAAAAAUAUUAUUUUAAGUCAGUGAAUAACAGAAGGAAUGAAAAUAGUUACUAGGCCUAUUCUUAUGCCUACGAAAAAAUGGAGACGGUGUGUAAUUUUUCAGUGUCAGUAUACAAGUACAUACACUUGACGACAAUGUCCAACUGUUCACUGUUUAAAGUCAUGAAUAUGCGUCGGCGUUUACACACUUGCGUUGAAAUAAAUGUACGUAUGAAUUCAUUCUUGCUGUGUUAAUAUCUGGUACUAGCUUUAUACAAUAACCACGAACUUUGAUGGAACUGAUGUUGCAAGUCUAAAACUGAUUUUUAUAUUGAUCGAAGUUGCCUUCAAAUAAUUUAUUUAAGAGCUCUCCCGAAAGGAAACAAAUGCCCAAUGAAAUCCGCUUUGUCUUCUCGAUGAAAUUUUGUUGUAGCUACAAGAAUUAAAAAUUUAUGGGGCGACGCUUGUACACAUGAUACUUAUAAUUCAGCUGUCUCCAAGAAAAAUUAUAGCAUAUCCGUUAAAUAUGUCAUUUAAUAAUAAUUAUGAAAAUAAUCGCUCGUUUUCUCUGAUAACGCGAAAGAAAAUCCAAAUAUAGGCCACUCUGCUGCUAAGACGCAGAGGAUCUGCUACUUAGUUACUGUGCUGUAAAUGAUUGAGCCCAAAUCCGAAUAUCAACUGGAGCUGUAUAAGUGCAAUAAACCUCACGAAAACUCUUGUAGCUGGACUUUAUAAAUCCAGUCCACCAACAGAACAUUUUAUACCUAAGGUCUAUAUGUAUUUCCCGCAUAGUGGAUGAGUUACGCAGCGCUACAAUGGAAUUAUAUGGAAUGCAGGUCGGAAUGUGGAGAAUUAUUUGUAUGCGAUGUAGAUUCGAUUCUGGGUCAGUGCAACAUAUAAACCCCGAGAUGCUGGGUACUCACGUGGUUGUCGGACCGGCUGACAGGCAGGCUACUGAUGUUUCCUGAACAAAUCCGGUGCGGCAACAUACGUGAAAAUCCGUAAUAGGAACUCCUUUACUGAAAGUUACGGAAACUAAAACCUCAUUCCUUACUCGUAACGUAGAACACAAUUUCAUUUGAAUUAAACUAAAGAUUUUGAUUGAUGUUAAUUCGGUAAGAUUUUAUGUAUGUAAAAAUAUUUUACAGAGAUAAGCAGUUAAAUUCACAUGGGAGAAAUUAAUUAAGGUAAUUCAGUCGGUGUGAUGAGGGUCUACAGUCUGGACGGCUGAGCAAGAGCAGAUUUUUCUUUCUCUAGGGCGUCAAGACCGACUCUGGAGAUCACCCAGUCUCCCAUAUAAAUGGGUAUCAGUGGCUCUUUCCACGGGUCUUAAGAGGCCGGGGAGUGAAGCUGACCACUCAUUUCUAUCUAGUACCAAGAUUAAGGAUGCCUGGAUGCCCCCAUACAUCAUCAUGGUCUGGUUUUUAAUUAACUAAGAACAAAGAAAUCUUUGCCUCCUACGAGUAAGACCAGACAGGAAAAAUAGGGCCGCUAGUGUGACAGAAGUUACUCCUUUCUUGGUUUAUUUAACGAUGUUUUGUCGGUUACACUGGUUGUAGACCUCUAGCGUCAAAUUGGAGGAUUACUAAUUUUGGCUUCCACAGUGGCUCAGUUGGGUCUUUGCACCGUGUGGAAGUGUGGAGUGUUGCAGAAGUUUUGGAGAUGCAUUCUACCUCCAUCUAUAACGUGUACGCCCACAACGUUGUAAUACUGCCCAUUCCACACAGUGCAAAACCCAUAAUUAAGAUUAAAAUAAAAAGUUAUGGGAUAAGUAAUAAUUUUUUGUAAUGAUCGUUGUAAUUCCUGGAGAGAAUCGUGCGAAAUCGUCUGAUAAUUUGUGUACCUUCAAGUAGUAUACUAAAAACAAAAUGGCAACCCAUUGCACUCCAUGUUUCGAAUUGUAACCUACUUCCAAUAUUCUAUAAUAUCUAAUCUUUGGAUGGCGUUUCUAUUCUCUAUUUUAUAAAAUCCAUUGGAUUGAAGAAAUAUUGUUUUUCAGAGUGACGUAAUGUUCACUGUACAGUGUGUAAGUAUGUGUGAUUUUGUACUUUUCUUAAGUUUUCUACGAGUAAAAGUUUUUGUUACGAAACAAAUAAUUUCUCAUAUUUAUAACAACCGUAUGAAUAUAUCCCAUUUUGUCCUGUCCAGUAUAUAUUUUAUUUCAAUUAGCGAAAUGAAACCCGAGAAUUAGCACAUCCUGACUCAUUCAUUCAUUCAUCAGUAAUCUGUCAGACGUCAGGUCCACAGUCUCUUCCAAAACAGCUCCUCCACCCGAUGCGAUCCAG